UAUAGCGUCGUCUAUUUUUAGAAGGUACGCGAUGACGUUAUCUGUUGCUGUUCACCUGCGCCGUGGGCACGCUUGCUUAUAGAUGGAGCUUUUUUCUGGCCUAAUGGUCAUUUGAUCGCUUUGAAUGGCUUUAUGAUCCGCGCCCAAAAAGCUGUACGGAUAAGACAAGAGGCGAUAUUACCGGGGCAACACUCUUUUGGCAGCACGACUGAAAUUUUGUACGGGAAGGCGGGAACGGGAUACUUCUGAGACCGCCCCACGCGGACCGGGGUCUCGGCCAAUCCGGCACCCGACAGCGGGACGUGCCCGGGUCUGCCCGCUCCAUUUGAAUACCAUGGACGGAGGAGGCGACACGUAUUUAAAGGGACACGCAGGUGACUUCAGGUGUCGACGUUCAGCUUGGCUACGGGAAGGUCGCGCUACCACCAAACGUCGCUUUCUUCGGGAAAGACUUUCGGGGCUGCCGGGAAAAGACUGGUGUCAGCUAGUCCCGACCACAGACGAUAUCCAGGCAGAGAUAAGUGCGUUCUCUCUACUAGACAUUUAAGGCUCUUAAGGUACACGCAAGACAGUCGUCCAGUGGUCAGAGAACAGUACCGUAGUUUCAAUGUAGCGUACACUAUAAGCUAUUACAAGAAGAGCUGACCGGAUUGACAAACACGAUCAGAGGCAAGGCACAGACAGAACCCACUACUACGGAUGUCAGAAAACGUCUGAGAGUUACAAGCACUGCGGGUGAAGAUAGUUCAACAUUGUCAACACCUUAUCUACGUCAACUCUCUACUCAAAACUUAGUAGUGCCUGGGAAUCGAACUCAUAACCUUCAGCAAAACAUAAAACAUCAGAAGAGUCCUUGAGCGACCGCAGAACAACGAUUGUCAAAUUAUGGCGCCAACCGAGUACUAGAGUCAUAGAACCUGUCUGAUGACAAGUUGCGGUGACCCCUGUCAAGCACAUUCAAGAACAUCAAUACGACUGUCGAGAGACGUCGUGCUGUAUCUGUUUUACAAAAUAUUUCAUUGAGCUGAUCUUUUGAGUAGGAUCGUAGCAGUGCGGGUACAAGGAAGGCAGCGGAGACGAAAGUUCAGGCAGUGCCCUGUGCGUGUAUUGAGAGGUCGCGGAGUUACAGGUCAAGCUGGGGGCAAUUAUCUGUUGCAUUGACUGUGUCCGCUCUCCCACUGCGAGACUCGGCGUACAGGUGGACGCCAGGCAUCGGCCUCACAAGUACAAAACCUGACGACAAAACCGCCGGCCAGUUUUCGUCAGGAUCGAAAUAUUGUCGCGUUGUCAAGGAAACGAACUGUUAUCGUAUUUUGAGUCUCCGAACUGAUAGGACAACGCGGUAAGAAGACUAGGAACUUUCACACCAAAGGUAAACAAGAGGUUAUAUUCAUCCACGUUUUCACCGAGUGGAGAAGUCUAAUAUGAAUGGAAGACGUCAAUUGGCCAAUAAGCCUGCACGUUGUUUGAUGACGUAAUGUUUUUAUGGCAUGACAAACAUUUAAGAAGUAACGUGCCGUAACAGACAAGACGAGACGCUCACAAAUCGUCUUGUAGUAAAGCGUACUGUUUAGAAGGUGACGCGAGACAAAAAAGGAACGACUCGAGUGGACUGCGUCCAAUAGCGGAGAGGGGAAGUAGCGGAAGUCCACACGUGACUGUAUUUUUGUGAGAAGCAUUGUCACUCGGACGACAGGCAAGACGCCGGGUGUAGGAGAAAAGCGAGAGGACCCCGCCGGGAGAGGUACGGGGUCUCCUCGCCGGGGGAUGGCUCACAACGGGGCCGCCAGGGAAGACGGGACCAGCUUUCCUGAGGGAGCAGCCGGCGGCCAGGCAGCACAAGAACAGGCGGCCGGCUUCCACGCCAUCAACGUGCACGACGGCAACGACCUGACAACGGCCGCGGCCAGAGGCGACCUGGAAGAGGUACGGCGACUCUUAGCAGCAGGAGUCGACGUCAACGCACGGAACCAGCACGGGAUGACAGCGAUACAGGUGAUGGAGUUUGGGCAUCACAUAAUCGCAAAGGAGCUUCUUGAGAACGGGGCAGACCCGAACGUUCGCGACGUAGAGACCGGUCUGUCACCUGUCCACGACGCCGCGCGCGACGGCUGGGAAGACACCUUGAAGCUCCUGUUCGAGUACCACGCGGACUUAGACGUCAAGGACCUGCAAGACAUGACUCCGGCACACCUUGCUGCCGAGAAAGGUCACGUCAGAAUCUUAGAAUUCUUACGUGCCAAAAGUACGGACCUGUGGGCAAAAAACAGGCGAGGACAGACGCCGCGAGACCUCGCGAGAAUCCACGGGAAGACGGACGUGACCGCCUGGUUCCGAGGCAGCUUUCCCGAGCAGCACGCCGAGCAACAAGGGCAAUGACGUCACGGGAACGUUAGAACUCUUGUGAGUUUCUCAUUUACAUAUUUUUCCAAUUUCUCGCCAACCGAGGGAAGCUGCACGGCCGCUAUGUCGGGCUCUAGUUGGACCUGACACAGAACGGUCUAACCUAAGGGAGGCCAUGCCCUCCCCAAUUACAAACACAAAAUGUCGUUCACGGCUCAGCGGCUUUCAGUUGAACGUAAAUUACCUGUGAUUAGAAAGAUCUCCAACAGUCGGCAAUAUCGUAUAUUUUAGAUAUUUGUUGAGUCACAUGUUUGGUGUCCCCUCUACAGACGACAGUUUCACUUUACAGCUUAAAACUGUUUUUAGAAGAACUGACCUGCAUUUUAUCAUCAUUGUACUACAUCAGAAAAGAUGACUAUGAGGCUCUUAACAUACAGGGCCCUACAAUCACCUUGUGUGUUCAACUAGCCGUCAGUAGAUUUCAGACAGAAAACAAUAGAACGGCCAGUACAUAAUUCUGACAAAAAGAUAAUUAUGUAAGAGAAAACAAUGACUGCUGCUUUCAAUGAUACUGCCAAACUAGCAUUCGGAAUUAUUGUACAAUCGGAGACUAACACAUGUUUAACUGAAGUGUAUAGCCUACAGUCGAUAUACCGACGACGCUGUUUAGUUUACAUCCUAUUCCGCGUGUGUAGAAACAGGCUUGGAAACUCGACAUUGAAGGGAAAUGCGUCAGGAAAAAAAGUCGAUAAGAGUUGAAAAACUUGGUCUGGAUCGUUUUCCCUUCAAAUCACUGGGUCCUAGAGACGGUAUCGGGGAACGGUGGUUCUCGUUUGGUGUAGGUCACAGCGUGUCAGGUUUCCGACCGACGCUACCCUCUUGUAGGGCAUUAGAUAAUAGACACGGAGUGGCAAACUCUUGAGUUGACGCCGGAGUCAUAUUUGAAGCUGUCACAGACAGUUGAGAGGCAGGGCAAGGGCACUUCUGGUCUCAAUAUGGAUUAAGGGCCGUUGAUUGCUCCUAGCAGUGUGGGAUAUGUCAACAAUCUAAUCAGCGUUGUCGCACAGGGCUAGACAAGAGUUCGUUACUCGUACAGCUGAUUCGUACCCACCCUCCACAGUAGCACGCGUAUCAGUGUGAGAAAUCGGGCUGAACGCUUAUCAACAAGAGAAGCCACACGCCUUAUUUGGACAUGGUUACCAGUGUCUUGAUUAGCGUUGUUUAAGACUGAACAAACGAGCAGUCACAAAGAAAAGGAAACAAGUUUGUCGUUCGAGUCACAGGCAAACAAAGAACUAGCAGCUUGUGGAAGUAUUGGCGGGUUGAACAGACGCGAAAGUUGUAUCAACAGGAGAGAACACGUUAGUGCAGGACGCUGAAGUGUUGUUUUGGGAAAGUCGACCACAUCUGUUAGAAGGGCAGACAGGUAGGGGGCUGUGAGUGACAAGGGGGAGGGGAGGGUCGCGCGCCCGACACGUGUCCGGCCACUCACACCCGCUGGUAGCUGUAAACCGAGCCAGGGCGGCCAGACGGACGGCUCGCCGGCCCACGCGUCCUGUGGGGCGCCCUGGCCGAAGUUCGUGGCUUCCCUUAGCAACCGUCUCAUCCCUCCUGCUGACGUUUGUUCGCUUUCUCAGAAGUUUGUCGUUCAAACACCAGCCACGCUGUACGAAACCAGAGCUCAAAAGAUGGGCCUUACCCCACAGCCUGUAACGAAAGAGCAGGGGGGUCUUAAGAGGUUCAAAGGACCGUAAAAAGGUCAAUCAUGUGGCGACAAAGUAAACUUUCUCAAGUCUUGUCGGCGUGGCGUGUGGCAGACGUGUGUGCGGGUAGGCCGGGUCAGGUUACUCUACAGACUUCUCCACAAACGUGUUUAUCGGCAGGAAUGACCCUGCUGCCCCUGUGUUUGUAAAUCCUACCCCACUCCGACUCCGCCAACCUUUUUGUCUGAAUUAAGAACAGAAAAACAGAAGUCAGGAGGGCGGGGUUAGUGCACUACUAUAGUCCGUCUGGAGUUGUGAGGUGGGCCCCCUAGAUCGAGACCCUACCCUAGCCACCACUAGGCCUUCCUACUGGGGGUACGGGGAUCGUAGAAGUCGGCAAAAAAUCAGAAAAUUGGCCAGGGGGUCAGUCUACGCUUAUGUUCAUGUAUCCCCUCCGACCGACCAACUCCUCUGGUAGCAAAACUCCCCUGGCAAAUCCCCCCCCCCCCCUAUACUAGCCAGCGUAGUCGGUCAGGUAGAGACUAACUCUACCCAUUAACUGUUACCCUUUCAUGAAAUGAAGGUCUGUUUUCAAACAGCUUUCGCGAUUGGCCCCCGAUAACGACCGUUGUUUACCCGCGCUCCAGUGACGUCGACCUUCCCAGCCUGUUUCUCGUGUUACACGCGGAAAGUACCAGUUUCCGCCGCACAGGUCAAGUUCACCGGCACAGGGUGUCGCAAACGGCCAGUAUCAGCAACGUCAACUUCAAGGACACUUGUAGUGUUCUAAACAUCCUUUAUACUUGACAGUUAACGGCCAAAUUUUGAAAAAGUGGUUCGGCUGUGGCAUCAGUCAAAGUCAGAUCCUUAGUGAAUAGAUUUCUUGUAUAAUAUUUCACCUCUGCUGGCAGAUCGUAGGCUAUAUUAUAGAAUCAUAUGUUUAGAAUAUGACAGUUUACAGUAAAAGUCACAAUUUCUUGACAAAUGUAGCCGAGAUACUGUAAACAAAGGUCUUCUCAAUUGAUGCAAAGACGUAUUUUACAAAGAAAUCUCAAUCCUACCGACAGUUCACUGAAUUUGAGAUGGUAAGUAAGAGGGUGCUAGUAGCAUGGGCACGGAUAUCGUAUGGUACACCAACCGGAACAAUAUUUUCCCAACCGCCCACAAAGCACCGCGUAUUAAGUUAUCAUCCGGCAUUGAAAGGUUUCGGACCUCGAAAAAUCGAAUUAGGCACGCUCUAAUAAAAGGACUGACACCAUGAGUUAUGGGGCAGCCGUCUCGGUUUGAGGUAAAAUGGCUGGUCUAUGAGCCUUAAUUGAAAGUUGAUGGACUACAAAGUGCGAACUGGGACGCCGUAUUUGUUUACCUAGUCUCUUAACAAUUACCAACGUGUUCUACCGGGGCAUUUAUAUUCGUUACGGUCGGCUAUACCUACAUGGCCGGGGCUUUCAGGAUUCUUGGAUAGGAAGGCAGACUUGCUUUUUUUCUUGAUCUGUGAUUUUUUUUUGGUCACCAGUAGUGAAAUAGAAGGAUACGAUUACAAAAUCUAGUCAAGUCUGAAGAAAUUAUGAUAUAACAGUGGCAACCGGAUACAUGAGCGACAAUUUGGGAUACUGUAUGGUAGAAGCCUCAAAAUUGACGGAACAGAAACUAGAUAAGUACGUCCAUAAAAACUCCCUGCGUUUCAAGUGAACCAUUGUAUUGUUUGACCGAAGACAUUAUGUACUAGUAAUGUCUUUGGUUUGACAAAGGGUUUUUAUGUCAGACUAAUUAAGCAGAAAAUGGAAUUUAUACCGUGUCUAAUUCUUUCGUUUUCGCCAUGGUAAACCAUGAAGACUGGUUGGCAGGUGCUUUCAGUCUCACUGCCAUAUGGUUCCAAGCACUCCCCUCCCCAACCCAAAAAUACUCACCGUUUAGCCAUAGAAAAGCACAAAACCAAAACAACAUCUGUUAAGUUUGGAAAAAGCACAACACGACUCAAGUCAACCGUGACCAAGAAAAAAUCACAUCUCAAGUCUGAAAGUGGCACAAGUUCCUUAUUGCGACAACACUAGGUCUCCCUUUUUCGUACCACCCUCGUCAAUGAACUGUCUGUUUAUAUACCACUGUGUGGUUUGAUUGUUAUAUAGACAAACGGAAUAGAAUAUUACUUGUCUGUAGAAAGUACAAAACCUGAACAACCUUCCUGAUCUACAUAUGUAUACAUGUUCUAAGUAAACUCACACUGGAAAAUCUCUUGUUUUGUAAGAAUACACUUGAAAGACGAAUCCAUUCUCUCUCGUAGUGGAGGGGCGAAAUUUGCUGUGUUUGGGACGGACCAUUAUUUGCUGGGGGAGAAAAUCAUGGUUUGAUGGCACAAAAUCAACACUCAAAUUUAUCAGUGCCCUAGAAUCUUAAGGCGGCGUUAUCUAUAGCUAAAUGUUCCUCUCUGGCAAUUAAGAGAGCAAUCCUCUUCAAAACCAACCCCAACAGAUAAUGGUUUGGCCGGUGAUAGAAGCUGAACAAUGAUGAAUAUGUUAAACUUAAGGAUACAGUAAUUGUUACAUGUAUGUUAGUUGUUAAUCAAACUACAUCCAUUCCAUUCAUGGUAAUCGCUGCUUUGUUCAUAAAUCAUUGAAAUUAUGGCAUUUUGGCAAUAUGUACAGUUUCUUGUUCUUUGUUGCACUUCUUAUAUCUUGUUUAAGUUCAUCAGUCGUUUUGAUGAUGCCUUGAUAAUAUGUAUUACACCAAGCAUGCUAGACAAUUCCUUUAUUUAUAACUAUGCUCUUCAAACUACAACUGUACAUACCGUUCUCAUUCACUAUUACAUGUACUUGUAAUGUUCUGUACGAUAGUUCAAUAGAAAAUGUACAAAUGCGCCAUGUUUCGUCAUAAUUCAAAGACGUAUAUUAAUAAAUUAUUGAAUUAGAAA